CAGGUAUUCAGUAAUAUCACAAAGCAGGCGUUGGCGAGAAAUUUUUCAGUGUCUUCUCGCCUGUCCAGUGGCUAUUCCUUUGAGUUAUCAGAGACCUCGCAAGAAAUAAAAGAUACUGCUGACAAGUUUGCGAGGGAAGAGAUAAUUCCAGUGGCUACUCAAUACGACAAGUCCGGAGAAUACCCGUGGCCUGUGGUCAAAAAAGCAUGGGAAACUGGGUUGUUAAAUACACACGCUCCAAAAGACAUUGGAGGACUGGAGUUGGGUGCGUUUGAUGGGUGCUUGAUUGCUGAGUCACUUUCUUAUGGUUGUUCUGGGAUGAUGACAGCUGUUGAAAGCUCUGGUCUCGCACAAUGGCCGAUUAUUCUUGGAGGGUCAAAAGCGCAACAGAAAAAGUAUGUUGGAAGACUGUUGGAAGAACCAUUAGUUGCUGCAUACUGUGUAACUGAACCUGGGGCAGGAUCAGACGUAGCAGGUAUUAAAACAAAAGCCGUAAAAAAAGGAAACGAGUGGAUAUUAAACGGUACAAAAAUGUGGAUCACCAAUGGCGGUGUCGCUAAUUGGUACUUUGUGCUUGCAAGAACAAAUCCCGACCCAAAAGCGCCUGCGGGUAAAGCAUUCACAGGUUUUAUAGUCGAACGUGACUGGCCCGGAGUGUCUCCAGGACGUAAAGAAUGGAACAUGGGACAGAGAGCGUCAAAUACAACCAUGGUAACCUUCGAGGACGUGCGCAUCCCCGAGGAGAACGUGUUAACUGGAGAAGGAGCAGGAUUUAGAAUCGCAAUGGAAACUUUUGACGCUACGCGUCCUAUGGUAGCUUGCGGAGCAGUUGGUCUAGCCCAGCGGGCUCUGGAUGAAGCUUUAAAGUACUCGUUGGAGCGACACACCUUCGGCAAACCCAUCGCUGAACACCAGGCAGUCGCGUUUUUGAUCGCGGAUAUGGAAAUAGCGGUUGAAACCGCGCGUCUCGCGUGGAUGAAAGCUGCUUGGGCUGCCGACAAGAAACUUCCCACUGCUACGAAACUUGCCAGUAUUGCAAAGUGCUACGCUGCUGACAUUGCGAACCGCGUGGCUUCUGACGCUGUCCAGGUCUUUGGAGGCGCUGGAUUUAACAGCGAUUACCCCGUGGAAAAAUUGAUGCGUGACGCUAAGAUUUACCAGAUUUAUGAAGGAACUUCGCAGAUCCAGCGAUUGAUUAUUUCACGUCAUAUCUUCAAGGAAGCUAAGGCUAAGGCUAUGUAA